CAUCGCGAGCGCGGACGGAGACGAGCACCGGACCGAGCACAGCACCGGACGUACACCGGGAUUGUCUCCUCAGUUUAAAGGAUCCCCAAAGUCUUUUUUUUUUGGUGAUUUUUAGAAGUUCACAAGUGGGGUAUUUUUUGGAGUGUAUCUUUUCCAGAGAGACGCGUUUUGCUGUUUAUUCGGAAUUUGUUUUUCUCCCCACAUCCCAGUUUGGAUAUUUUCACGUCUUUUUGGAAGUCGGUGCCAUGCGGAUACUCGCGCGCUGCAAAUGAGAAACGGACGACGCGCUCGCGCCACAUGAGCGACGUGCCGUCUGGAGACGCGCGGACACCGAGACCCCCCACACCGGAGAGCAGCCGCCCCGCCAGCACCUCGUACACAGACCGCAACCUCGCUGUCGGUCAGAGCGGCGAAUCGAGAGCACAGGAUCGAGCUCCACGGCUCGCGCUCGCAUCGCUGCCCCUCGCGGAUCCGGUGCGUCACGCGAAGCGGCUUCCCGUACGGAUUCUCCAAAUGCUGAGCGCACGCGCGGCUCACAUGCUCCACGCGGACUACCUGCAGCCGCUCAGCUCCGCGCCGCUCCCUAUCGAGCUGGAUGCUAAAAAGAGUCCACUGGCCCUUCUGGCUCAGACCUGCUCCCAGAUUGGCAAGCAGGAUUCGCCGUCGUCCUCCAAGCUAAGCUCGCUCUCCUCGGGCAACUUGGGAGACAAAGAUGGCCGGUCGACUGGUUCGGGUCUUAAAUCAGCAGAGCAACAGCAACAGCAUGGCCUGGAGGACAAGUCCAGCUUCAAGCCUUAUUCCAAAAACAGCUCGGAAUGCCGGAAGGAUGGAGUCGUCCUGAGCGGAUCAGGUGACAAAUCCGGGUUCAGGACUUCUGGUGGGAGUUCAGCUACAACGACAUGUCCAUCAUUCCCUCCUCAUAACUCUUCUCCAAGGACCUGCUCACCAUCCCAGCAUGCCCCAGGUCAGGCACAUGUACAUCGUCAGACACAAUCUCCGUCCACACAGAAACCCCUCAGUGUGGACUCCAAAACUGCAAGUUCUGACUCAAGCACGGAGAGUAGCAGUGGCAGCGAUCGUGUCGGGAAAAAAGACUUGGAUAACAGCAGACUUGACAAUGCCCAGAUAGCUAACUCUAGCCAAGCACGUGCAAGUGUCAACUCCAGCAGUGGUAGUGCCUCUAGUAGCCCUCGACCAGAGAGCAAGAACGAUUCCCAACCACCACAGACAUCCUUAGCUAAUUCCAGCCAUGUUGCCCCAAUUUCACCAUUUAAACCAGGACACUCUGUGUUCCCCUUGCCUGCUUCCACCCUGGGAUACCAUGGCUCCAUCGUUGGUGCCUAUGCUGGGUAUCCAUCACAGUUCGUCUCUGGGUUGGACCAUGCCAAGACUGGUUUAGUGGGUUCUGGGAUCGCAAAACACCCAAGCUCCAGUCCUUUAACAGGCACAUCUCCUCCAUCCUUUAUGCAAGGCUUGUGUCGGGACCCAUAUUGCCUCACUUACCCCAACACGCCCCACUUAGGGGGUAGCAACUGCAAUACUUGUGUCCAUGACCCAUCCUCGUCUCUCAAGUCAGGAUUCCCAUUGAUGUAUCCUUCUCCACACCUCCACGCGCUCCAUCCAGGGUCUCUGUCCACAUCCGGUGCUUCCGUCUCCCUCUCCCACCCGCUCUACACCUAUGGAUUCAUGCUUCCUAGUGACUCCCUUCCUCAUGCCUGCAACUGGGUCUCUGUCAGUGGGCCCUGCGACAAGCGCUUUGCCUCUUCAGAGGAACUUUUGGUGCACUUGCGCACUCAUACCUCCCUUCCUGGUGUUGAUGGAAAGCUCUUGUCUGCCUAUCCUUCCUCUGCCUCUUCCUCAGCUGCUUCUUGCCACCUACACUUGCCCCCUCCCAGCAGCCCCGGGGCUCUUCCAAGCUCCUUCUCACUUCGAGGUUCACCUGGACUUGGUCUGGCUCGCUACCAUCCAUACAGCAAACCCCAUUUGCCAGGAGCACCUUCCUUACCUAUGCACUCUCUCCCUGCUACAGCACCAUACUACUCACCUUACGCUCUCUACAGCCAGAGACUGGGCUCAGCAUCGGCACUCGGUUACCCUUGAUGGUCGCACAGCUGAUGAGAAUGAGCAAAGGUUCAAGACAAGGACAAAGACCAUCCGGAAAAAAAAAGAAGAGGCUCAGAGUCAAAAAGGAGCCUUUGAUGGAGUUGCCUAUGUAAACCGUGUCGGGGAACACAUAGGAACCGUAAGACAUGAACACUGUCAGAUCUGUAGAGAGAACCAUGAAACAUGUGCUUGAUACCUGAGAAUAAUGGAACUGAUAACUUUAAUAUUAUUUGAUGAUCAAAGUUUUAUUUCAGUUUAUUAAUAAAAAAAAAGUAUAUUUAUUUUUCUCUUGAGCGCUUGGCUUUUUACUUGGGAAACAUUUACCAUCUAAAUGCAUUCGUUGUCACUUUGGUACAGGAACAAUAUUUUCCGAGAUCAAUAUCGCUCUUUCCACAAUGCAUUUUUAUAACAAACACUCAUUUAUCUUUCAGUUGUCACUUUGAUUGUUUUUUUUUUUCCUUUUGUUUUCUCGAGUGCUUCAGCAAGCAUGACUUGCCCGACAGCCGGUUUGUUCUUGGAAAUUUGCCAUUUUUUGUUUCUUUUUUUUGUACUUGUACAGUUCAAAAAAAUAAAACAAACAGACAGAUGUGAUAUAUUUUCUAUGGUGAAUGAUUCGGCAAGCUGGAGAGGGUUUACUUUGAGGGUUGAAGGGAAACGGGGUGAAAUAAAUACAAACAAUUAAGAAUCCUAUGUAUAGAUGGUGGCGCUAUACGCUUAACAGAAUGUCUUAUUUUGUGAAAUAAAUAAUAACUUGAUUA